AAGAAAAAAAAAAUCUUUUUAAUGCUUCUCUUCAUCAUGAUGAAUUUGUGAUGUACUUAAAUGGUUAAACUGGAGGAAAAAGAAGACCCAGAAUGCUUUAGGUUAAGGUGCAAAUGAUCCACAAUUAACAAUGAUGUAAAUGAUUACAAGAAAAAAGUUACUCCACAGAAAGAAUUCUGCUGCUUGGUCUGUUUUGUGCCACAUUCUGUUCUCGUUACUCCGGAAGAAGUGAGCAAUAAAGUCAGAAGAGUUUCACUCCAGAACCUUUAUGAAGGAGUUUCCAGGUUUCACAUCUCCAGGGAACAGCUGAUCCUUGCAGUGUCUCUUAUGGGAAACAUGUCCUAACAGGUGAGUGAAAUGAAUGAAGAGGAUCUCCCCCAGCAGCUCCUGAUCUUUCCUGUCCACAGCAGACAGGUGAGGAAAAUGAGUAGAAAAGUCUUUAUAAAACUCAGGGGCUACAUAACAAAGUGAAGGUUCUUGAGAUUGAUGUGGUGAAUGGAUGAAUCAGUCAGCAACUGCUGAGGCUAAAGCAGUGAGAUUGUUGAUGGAACUAGUUUGGAAACAAGCAAAAAAGAAAAAGGAAUAGAGGCUCGGGUACUGAAUGUAUGAAGCAGUAUAUUCUUCUAUAUAUUCUUCUAAUAUAAACAAUAACAUCUGAUGUUGUGUUUUACUAUGGAGAGUUGUGGAUAAUUAAUUUAAAAAUUAAAAACACAAGAAAGCAAGAUAGGGAACUUAACAUUUAAUUAGCAUGUUAAAGUAAUCAGUCUGGCUCUGACUAGCCUAAGUGACUUAAAUGAAAAACUCAUUAAUUCAUAACUGGAUUAUCUUUGUAUAAUCUCAAUAUUCUUUUUCUUUUUUUGUUGGUUUGGGUUUUGAUUUUUUGGUUAUUGCAGUAUUCAUAGCGACAAUUCUGCAAUUUUCUUAUACAGUCUACAGCAUCUAGACACAUAGUCUUCUGCCAUGAAGCUGCUGUUGAAGUUACAGAAUCUGAAACUCUUGUGGACUCUGAAGCCUCUUAAUAGGACUUUCCAUGGACAUCCCAGGCUGCUUUCCUCUGACGUAUAUUCCCUGUAUGAGUCCAUCAGACAGGGCAAACAGGAAAUACCAAAAUACUUUAACUUUGCAAGUGAUGUACUGGACAAAUGGUCUGAGAUUGAAAAGGCUGGAAAGAGACCAUCAAACCCUGCUUUCUGGUGGAUAAAUAGUGAAGGAGAAGAAGUGAAGUGGAGCUUUGAGGAGCUGGGGUUCCUGUCUCGCAAAGUGGCCAAUGCACUGACUAAAGAAUGUGGGCUGCAGAAGGGAGACAGGCUUAUCCUGAUCCUACCACGAAUUCCAGAAUGGUGGCUGGUCAAUGUGGCUUGUAUGCGAGCAGGAAUUGUCAUAAUCCCAGGAACAUCCCAAUUAUCUGCCAAAGACAUACUGUACCGACUCCAGGCAUCAAAGGCUAAGAGCAUCAUUACCACUGACAAACUGGCUCCUGCAGUGGACUCAGUGGCAUCCCAGUGCCAUCUCCUGAAAACCAAGCUAAUGGUGUCCAAAGGCAGCAGGGAGGGAUGGCUGAACUUCACUGAGCUGUACCAAAACCAAUCUGCUGACCAUUCCUGCAUCAAAACAAGCAUUCAAGACCCAAUGAUUAUCUUCUUUACCAGUGGAACUACAGGUUUUCCAAAGAUGACUCAACAUUCCCAGGGUAGUCUUGGUUUCAGACCCCUUUUAAGUGAAAGGUACUGGUUGGAUUUGACUCCCUCUCAGAUGAUAUGGACCACUGCAGACACAGGAUGGAUACUAACUUCAAUAGCAUCUUUUUUUGAUCCUUGGGUUUUUGGAUCAUGCAUCUUUAUACAUAACCUACCACAGACCGACUCAGAAGUCAUCCUGAAUACUCUCUGCAGAUUCCCAAUUGACGCCCUAGUUGGUGCUCCAACAUUGUUCCGCAUGCUGGUGCAAAAUGAUCUGUCUAAAUACAAAUUCAUGAACCUGAAGUACUGCAUGAGUGGAGGGGAACCACUCAACCCAGAAGUCAUGGAGCAGUGGAAGAGCCAGACUGGGCUGGACAUCCAUGAAGUAUAUGGCCAGACUGAAACGGGAAUAAUCUGCUCUGUUUUUAAAGGAAUGAAGAUUAAACCGGGAUCAAUGGGGAAAGCAGCUCCCCUUUAUGAUGUUCAGAUCAUAGACAAAAAUGCCAAUAUCCUGCCUCCAGGACAACAGGGGGAAAUUGCUAUCAGAAGCAAACCUAAAAGGCCACUUGGUUUUUUCUCUGAAUACUUAGAUAACCCCAAGAAAACUGCAGAAAGCGAACGUGGGGAUUUUUAUGUCACUGGAGACAGAGGGACUAUGGAUGAAGAGGGAUAUUUCCAGUUUAUUGGCAGAAACGAUGACAUCAUCAUUUCUUCAGGAUAUCGAAUUGGGCCAUUUGAAGUAGAGAGUGCCCUUAUAGAGCACCCAGCUGUGGUGGAAACAGCUGUUGUCAGCAGCCCAGACCCCCUCAGAGGAGAGGUUGUGAAAGCAUUUGUGGUUCUGUCCCCAACCUUUUCAUCCACUGACCUGAAGAGCUUAAUUCGUGACUUGCAGGACCAUGUCAAGAAAACUACUGCUCCCUAUAAAUACCCUAGAAAGGUGGAAUUUGUCAAAGAAUUGCCAAAGACAGUCACUGGGAAGAUCAAGAGGAAUGAAUUAAGAGAUAAAGAGUGGGGACGGAUAUAGCAUUGUUUGGAAUUUAACAAAACUUCUUUCGUUCCAUUAGCACCAUAUACAUUUCACUACUAUAGCUGCCAUUAUUCUGAUCUCUUUUUGUUAAGUGCCUGAGCAUCAAAAAACUACAGGUAACAUCAAGAUGUGAUAUUAGUGCCUGCUUGCAGAGUUUCCUAUGUCAAUACCUGAGUGAAUUGUAUUAUUCUGGGUGAAAAAUAAAUUUUUCAAUAGACAA